ACACCUUGAACCUCAGUGUUGCUCCAACCUCUCUAUACUGAGGUGUUGCGACGCUCUUCACCAUCUUACAUUUAAAACUAUAAACAGAAUGGGGCAACAUGUGUCUAGGACUGACUUUGAAUGGUCGUACACUGCAGAGCCUCACGCAUCCAGACGAAAGGAGAUUCUAAAGAAGCAUCCAGAAAUAAAGGAGUUAUUUGGGAAUGACCCUAACCUAAUAUGGUGGGUGCUGGGAUUGGUGAUCUUUCAGAUCCUCUCUCUCUGUUUGGUGAGAGAAUUGUCUUGGCUUUGGGUCUUAAUCCUAUGUUACUGCAUUGGAGGAACAAUUAAUCAUUCACUUAUGCUAGCAAUUCAUGAAAUUUCCCACAACCUUGCUUUUGGACACUCAAGACCACUGCCCAAUCGUAUUCUUGGUAUAUUUGCCAACUUGCCCAUCAUCCUGCCAUUCUCUGUGUCCUUUAAGGGCUACCAUCUAGAACACCAUAAAUUCCAAGGGGACGAGAAGCUGGACACAGACAUUCCAACAUAUUUAGAAGCCCGACUCUUCUGCAAUACUUUGGGGAAGAUGGUCUGGAUGUUUUUUCAGCCAUUGUUUUAUGCCUUUCGUCCACUUAUUACUUACCCGAAGACGCCCACCCUUCUUGAGAUCAUCAAUACAUGUAUACAACUUACCUUCAAUUUUGUAGUUUUCUACUAUUUUGGUGGUAAGAGUCUUGUUUACCUAGCAUUAGGGUCUCUGCUGGCUAUGGGGCUUCAUCCAGUAGCUGGACAUUUCAUCUCGGAACACUACAUGUUUGAAAGAGGUUUUGAGACGUACAGUUAUUAUGGACCCCUGAACUGCCUCACCUUUAACGUUGGCUACCACAAUGAGCAUCAUGAUUUUCCAUAUGUUCCUGGUUCUCGACUUCCUAAGGUUAAAGAAUUGGCUCCAGAGUUUUAUGAUGAUUUGCCACAGCAUCAGUCCUGGGUUAAAGUCAUUUAUGAUUUUAUAACUGACCCUGCCAUUGGUCCUUAUGCUCGUAUUAAGAGAAAGCAUGCUGGCUUUGCUAAGCAAGAAUAAGCAAGGGCUGAUUUGAUUUUUUUUCACUAAUUCAUAUAUAACUGAAAGGAGUAUUUAAUUUGUGUAGGGUGUACAGUAAUGGCCUGGAUAUCACUUGAAGUAAAUUCAUUUAAAAUUUUAUAGUUUAACUUACUUUUUUAACUACAGCAUACAGCCUCUCCUCACUUAACGACAUAGUUCUGUUACUAAGACCACAUCGGUAAACAAAUUCAUUGCUAAGUGAGGAGUAUACUAUAAUGAUAGAGGAUUUGUGUUAAUCAUCUUUGAUAUUAUUUUAAUGUCACCUUUGCAUCAUUUAUAGCAUUUUUAGUAUAAUGUAUUUUUAAAUGUUUACACAGUAUUGUACUGUAUAUUGUAAUAAACAGAAUAGAUGAAAUCAACUCUAAUAUACAUUAUUUAGGUAUGCAUACUGGUCAGAGAGCCCAUCGAAAGUCCGAGUAGUCGGUAUAGGAGUAUGUCGCUAAGUGAGGAGAGGCUGUAUUGUGUUUUUUCAUUGUUCCUUUGUUUUCCUGAUUCUAGGCAAAGGAAGACUAUGGAACUAGCAGUAUUUUCUGUACAGAUUAUGGAAUUAUAAAACUUCAGAUGUCAAAGUGCUUAUUUCUGGACAUCAAGUACAGUACAUAGUUUGUAAUUGUCAGUGACUCGUAGAGUUACCUAGGAAAAUUAUAGAACAGAUGCAGUAUAGGGAGAUGAAUCUGUUAUAAUCAUGUGGUUAUUGAAUUCUCCCAUUUUUGUUUGUCGAACAAAUGGCUAAAUAUUUUGUAAGUCUUAUUGGUAUUCAUUUUGCUCACCUAUGUGCUUUUGGUAAAAAAAAAUAGACCUCUGUUAAGGAAUUUCCAUUGUCAGAGAUCUUCAUGAUUAAAAAUAAGCUAGUUUGUGUGUUUAUCUCAGAUAUGAGAACUGUCAGUGAAUCCACUGACAAGGAAUAUUAAUUUGCAAAAUUCACCCAGCACAUUUACAUUUUCUUUUAAUGCCAAAGCUUUUGAGAAUAUUCUGACUAACAGUAUUAAGUAGGUUGACUUUAACCUUAGUAUCACUGUUCUAGUGUAAAAUAUGAUUGCCUUUGUGAGAUCAGUUUGCUUAGCAUGAGAAAUUAUAGGUGGUACAGAUCGACCAUCACUAAUCCAGCUAUCAGUAAUCUGGCACUAAUAUUGGGUAGCACGAUUUCAAAUUUCCGGGGUCGCCACACUAACCUGCUGCUGCUGUUUGGUGGCACUUCUUGCUACAUAUGG